GUGAGUUUUUUUCCGUUCUUUGUUAAAAAGUUCCCCCACCCCUAGUUUUAAACUUCAAGGCAGUUCAAAGGGGCUUCUCAAAGUCAUUCAGUUCUAGAACUUGGAAGUUCAAGUGGGCUUGUGAGUAGAAGACAGAGAGAGCUAUGGCAGAGAAACUGUAUCUUUCAAUAUGCUGUGUUGGACUGAUGAUUUUGGCCUGUUCUACCUUAGUAAGGACACAUGUCUACUCUGCUGGAUCUUCUCCUAUAGGCUCUAUUUUUGAGGUCCAUGGGAUAUCAACAUUUGCACAUGGAUUACCUGGUCAAGAAGAAUCAAUUGAAAAGAAGAAUGGUCUACAUCAUAAGAAUGUACAGAAACCAAAGUCCAUGUCAUCAGGCACAGAGGGGACACAGUCCCCAGAAACAGAACACCCUAAACCAAGAACAGGGCAAUGGUGUUCUUUUGUGCACAAACGAAUUGUGACCUAUGUGGAUGUUUGCAAAACCGAGAAGUAUGUUGUGAGAUCUCAGCAGCCAUGUCCCCAUGGAACACCUGAUUGUCAGAAAACUAUGUACCGGCUAGCACAGAAACCAAUUUAUGAACUUAAAAGGAAGUUUGUAACAAGCUUAGAAUGGAAAUGUUGUCCUGGAUACACUGGCUCUACUUGUGAAUAUGCUGAUCCAAAUGCCAUUCACAUUCCGCUGGAUCAUGUAUUCAGUUCUGAGAAAACUCAAGAAUCUCCAGUAAGCGCUGAGGUGAUUGAUAUGAUUAAAGCCGUUGAAAGCCAAGAAAACCUAUUAGAAGAUAUACAAAAUGAUAUUCAUCAGGCUGCGAGCCAUCUUCAGGACCUUCAAAAUGCCCUGGGCAAUAAUUCAACCAUUGAUGUAGGGAACAGUCAGAAUCAAUCAGAAAUAGAUGACCGUGUUGUGCGUGAAGUAGUCCUACCACAUGUGGAAAAUUUCCUCAAAGCUCAUUUUAGUCCUAUAUGGACCAAUUUUAAUAAAAGUCUGCAAAAUCUCAAUAGGAUGGUAAAGAACCUUUCAGAAAGUGUCGAGAUUAACAGAAAAACAUUGGAUAUAUUCCUGGAAAAUUCUGUGCCAAAGAAAGAUCUUUAUGAGCUAGGGACCAAAUUUGAGUCAAAAAUUCAAGAAAAUGUUGACAAACUUGAACACCUGAAACAACAUAUAGAUAAUAACCUCCACACCCAACAAACUGUGAUCCAGCAUAAUUUGACCAUGAUAAAGGCUGAUACAGAUGUAAAGUUGAAACGGAACCAGAAGUAUCUCCAGUCACAGUAUUCCUACCUGAACUUUAGCAUUGGAGAACUCCGUAGAGGACAGGAACAGGUUCAAGAUGAUCUUUUAGAUUUGACUCAAAAUAUCACAUUACUUCAUUCUCCAAAUCACCGAGUAAAUGAAACUGUUAUGGAACAUGAGGUCCAGAUUAAAGACUUAUUGGCUGAGUCAGAGGCAGCUUUCGAAAAUAUUAACAUUCUAGAAAGAUGGAUAAAGGAACUCCGUACUGAGUUUAAACAGAACUCUGAGAAAGUCCAAAUUCAGUUCAUGGAGAAAAGCCUCAUCAUGGAAGAAAUCAAAGAUCUAAUCCAGAGGCAGAUAAUAGAACUGAAUUACACUGUUAUCAGUAUACAAAAUGGUAGUGAUGAGUUAUUCAAGAAUUGCGACUGCCACAAAAUGAAUUUAGACAUAAUCGCUCUUGAGGAAAUACAACGGAACUUCUCAAAUCAGUUCAGAGAUGUUUUAUAUGGAAUAGAAGAUGUCAAACAGAAGGAAGGAAGUUCUAAGACAUAUCUGCAACAUUCAGUAGAAGAUUUAGCACAGGCCCUACAGUUUAACCGUCAAUCUCUUGCUGCACAACAAGAACAGGGACGGAAGUUAACACACAUCACUUCCCAGCUGUCAACCCAGAUGAAAAACAUUACAGAUGAUGUUAAAUUGAUUAGGAUGGACAAUGGUCAGAUCCACAGGCACAUUAAACAUCUGGACAGUUCCUUCAGCUCACUUCUGGAAGAUGCAACAAGACAUGAAAGAGUGUUGGAAGCUCUACUUGGUGAAGAAGCUCUUGAACUUCUCUCAGAGGAUAAUCCAGAGGUUGUCUAUAUGACGGUCAUAAAAAUGAAUGAAGUUCUGAACAGAACUUUGCAUAUACUGGAAAAGCAACUGCUCAAUACAGAUUCCUUGAGUGAACGUUUGGAGUUUUUAGAAAUGCAAUAUGGAAACCAGAAUUCCCCCGAUCCCUCCAUUUUCAAUGUUGAACAACACAAUGGAGGAAAAACACAUGAUGGCCCCUACCAGAGUGGUGGUUCAGUGCAUUUGGAACCCAAUCAUGAAGCGUCUCGACAUAAUGAUGCUGACGAACCUGACUACAACGAUAUUAUGAUCUUGAAAAAGGAUCUUCAGAAUCUCUAUGUAAAAGUAAAUGAACUAGAGUCUUCCUUCUCCAAUAUACCUCAUUUCAGAAAUGACACCAUUGUAGGUGCUUUAAAACCACUUCACAUCUCUAUUUCUUCCAUGAAGCUGGACAUUGAAAACUUAGCAGAGCUUUAUAAUAAACACUUGCAGUUAUUCCAUAAAAUAUUUGUAAACUAUGAAGAUCUCAUUUCCUCAGAUGCACCGCUGGACAUUGAAAAGCUUAAGUCAAUCAUGGAUAAAAAAAUGAAAAAAAGACGAAAAGGAGAAGAAUCACAAAGUAAAAAAGAAGCUAAAAAGCGUAGUGAAGAACAUUGGCAAUCCGAUGAAACAAUAUUACCACAUCAAGAUCCUCUUGUUGCAUUCAGUGCAAAUUUAAUCACUGGUGCUGAAGCAGUAAGCAUGAUCAAAUUUAUUGAUAUUCAUCUGGAUUAUGGAAAGGUGUUUUCUUCAGAAGAUGGUCACUUCACGGCUCCAUACAGCGGAGUGUACGCCUUUUCAAUCAGUGUAGAUUUUGGUACUGGUAAAGGACUUGGAUAUCUGUUUUUUGGUGCACAGCAGAGAAUCGCCCUUCACAACAGCAGCACCGAGCCAACAGAAAGCCUUAAACAUCAGUUUGCCAUUGUGAAGCUCGAGAAGAAUGAAAAGGUUUGGUUUGAACUACUUCAAGGGUCAAUCAAAAAGAACACACUGGGAACUUCUCUGUCUGGCUAUCUGAUCUUCAGAACGUGAGCAUGGUACAAGCAGACAUUUAUUGGAAAUGGCCACUUCUAAGUAUCAUAGAAUUUAUCACUGGAAAACAAUGCAGUUUGUUUAAUUUUACCAAUCCUGUUUCCAUGGCAGGACAUGGAUAAAUAUUGCUGUGUUUGAACUAACACCCAUGUUGUGGUCAGUCCAUGUGCUUUCCAAAUGUUUCAUUAUGGCUCCUUCUUAAAGGGGUACUCCACUGGCCAGCAUUCAGAACAUUUAGUUCCAAACGCUGUGUGCACGUUGCAGGGGUCGUUCAUGCCCCCUCAUGAUGUCAGGCCACACCCCCUCAAUGCAAGUCUAUGGGAGGGGGCAUGGUGGCUUCCAAGCCCUUUUCCAUAGACUUGCACUGAGGUGCAUGGCUUGACGGGGUGUGGUCGACCCCCACAGUGCGCACACAGCUUUUGGAGCUAAAUGUUCCGAACACUGGCCAACGGAUUACCCCUUUAAAAAGUACCUCCCAGCUUUAGUAACUCUGUCAUCAAUAACACUACAGGGGCAUUUUUUUCAUAGAACUAUUUUGUGCCAUUCCUCUGUUAUUUUUUCCUGGAAAUGUAUGAAUACAUUUGCAACAGGGUUUUAGUACUGUAUACCCCUUGUGAAUUGGGCAUGGCUCUACACACUCUGACACUGUUGGCACUGAUUGGACAGUGCCAGACUAUUUAAACACAUUGCUUAUUACCUCAUUUAUUCAUACAUUUCCAGGAGGGUGGAGAGCUUUGUAUUGUCCCUAAAGCAUAGGUAUUUACUAAAACAGACAUGUCGGGAGAGCUACAGGUCAGCUUUAGUUUCUGGUCAGUGUAAUUGGAAUCAUUUUGUUAAAGCGGUCCUGUCAGCAGGACCUGUCUUCUCAAUCUGAAUCCGGGUAUACCAAUUUUUUUUUUUUAUUGUUCCUUCCAGCACCGAGUUAUAAUGCUUUUCUUUAACAUGCAAAUUAGGCUCAAGUGCCUAAAGGCUUUCCCUUGGACUGCUAGAGCCCAGUAACGUUCAGUCCCUUCUCUUCCAAACACCUUCUCUCUCACCAUCUUUAACUGCACCAACCUUCAUCUCUGCUUCUCAUCUCGAUACAUGCGCAAGUGCUGUUUAACCACAGAACAGGGUGGCGUAUGCACAGUAACACUGAAUCCUCCCAGUGGCCCCAAAGCAUGCAUUGUGCUUGUAUCUUUGCCAUCACAGAACAGCGAAAAAGGAAGUGCGCCAGCACAAAACAUGCUUUGACACCGCUGGUAGAGUUAAUGCUAUGGUGUGUGCUUCCCCGCUGUUUAACCAUGCUUGUGGAUUCCAGUUAAAAUGCUCAAUAUAGCCAUAGGCUUUGUAUAAUGCCAAAAAGCUGCUGAGAAGGCCAAUUUGAGGCAAUAUGUAAGAAUGUGCAUACAUGCUAUUCCCUGUAUUGUGUUCCCUUUAAUUCUGUCUGAUCAAGAAUGGGUUAAAACAGAAGAACCUUGCAGCAACAUAAACCCAUGAUUUUUAUAAAUAAGUCACAAAGUAGGGUGACAAAGUAUGCUAGUAGGGGAGAAUAGCUAUAUAUUACAGUACCUGAUAUUUUGUUCCUUGUAGGAUAAUCAGUCAUGCAGAGGUACAGAGAGGUUCUAUAGAGGUCUAAAGGGGCCAUAUUAUGGCUUUAUACAACAAACUUAUGAACCAGUAAGCUGGAACCACAACCCAUGUUGUAGCUCUUGAUAAAACAACUUAUCCCUGAGGUGAUAUUUGGAGGUCUUCAUAACAUAAAACCUCCAGCAAAGAAUAUUCUAAGGAGCUGUGUUGACAUGCUGCCCUCUUCAGUUUGUUGGGGGUCCAAUCUCAAGCAUCCCCAGUAUACAAUUAAAAGGGUA